CCCAACUAACUCGACCAGCAGCUCAAUUGGUCUCCUCCCCCUCCAAGUCGAGCAACCCGCCAAUCGAACCGACCGACGCCGCAAACUCGAUCGACCACCAGGACCGCAUUCGAGCCCCCCAGUGAGCGUUGGCUGGUGGGGUUUAAAUGUGGACCCCAGUACUUUCGGGAAUUGUCCUUACGACAUGUAGCUCUGUUUGGAGAGCAUGGCUUGGGCACGGAGAAAACUCUAAGAGUCUUUCUACACCCUCCGCGGGAGGGUGGCGUUUUGCUGAUUUAAUCUUUUUUUGCUCCAUCUAUUUGUCCAGCGCAGAGGCGUUGUGGUGUUGCGGUGCUGACGCGAUAGGUAGGGAUGGCGAUUGUGGGGCGCAAAAAGGGCGUUGUGAUAGCCGUCUUUUGCCUUUUUGCCCUUUGGCCUUCUUUUGCUGCCACCGCUUUACAACAGCAACGCCCUGGAAAGCGAGAAAAGAAAGCCAAGUCUAAAAAUGCGUUGGCAGCAGCAACCACGGCCUCAGGAGAGAGACGCGACUUUAACACCACCCAACCUGGCGCAGUCUUUUCAGAUGUCCACAGCGAAGCUCGACACUUCAGCAGCAACCGAGAGCAGAGUCGCGCACUCUCUACCAUCCAAACCCCCCUUCCGCGGACUCCCCCUACGUCGUCGCCCGAAACAAGACAGCAUCCCGGGAAAUCUUAUACCUACACGAGGUCGAGACAAGGUUCCCACAAGGCCAGAAUCCACAACGCAAGACACGCAGAACGCCUAGAUUUCCAACCCAAAACGCAAUGGCCAAGCUCGCGCCCUCGCUUGUUCGAGCAGCAAAAGCAUGUCUCGGAAGUGCCGCACAGCUCCGACGUCCUCCUCCUCGACCAAGUCAAGGCGACAUCUUGCGAACUCACGAUAGUGACACGAGACAGCUGUUGUUUAUUCUCUUCUCUACACGUGGGCAAUAGAUGCAACGGCCCGCUCUAUGCACCGCGAUCCCCACCACCACCACCCUCAGUGCCCGCCCUCCGUCCUUGCCUACGUCUACAUCCUCAUCCGCGCGAACCGCAAACCCGCCGCUCUAGCCCAAGAGCCCACCGGAGACCCGUUCGCAGACCCCGAAGAUCCGCAGUCCCCGAAGAUCCGCAGUCAUACCCUCACCAGCAUCAGCGCAAAACACCAAGAUCGCUCCGCCUCCUCCGAAGCAUCUCCCUCACGAAGCGAACCAGGCCCGCCCGCCGUGCACUCAGCGGCAUCCGAGCGCUAGCCGCACUACCGCGCCUACCUCAAUCCGUCAGCAUGAUCCUCACCUAUCCCGACCUCGAGCAUACAAUGCUAGGAUCCGUCAGCGGCAUUCUCCUCGUGCUCUUCCUCUCCUGGCUCAGUUUCGUAACGGCGCGGGAGAUGUGGCGGGAAGCGAGAGCCGCGUGGAAGGAUGGCGCAAUGCAUAGUGGGACGGUGAGGCGGGAGGCUGGGAGAAACGGCGCUGUUGCGGGGUGGUAUUAUAUUGCUGGAGGAGGGAAGGGGGAUAGGGAUGAGGAGGAGAUUGAUGUGAAGGAUACUUGCUGCGUGCAAUGAGAUCGAGGGCAGGACACCAAAGAAAAUGACGGACUGUUGUUGGUUUUGGAGGAAGGCGCCAAUGAAAUGUUGUAAGGCGCUUGCAGACUACUACGAUGCCAAUCCUUUUGCCUAGAAAGGCUCUUGUACGGUCGUGUGAAAUGGUCGCAGGAGAGAUUGUUAAUGUGCGAUGAAACGCCCUGGGCCACAAUUGCGGAUGCGGAUUGGGCAUGAUGAGUCUCCUGGACUUGUCAGUUCGAUUGAUGCACUUGAUUGGAAAACAUUCAGACGAAAGCGGGUCGUAAGUCAAGCAACAAGGGGAUGUGCGUAUAGUAACAGGGGUGUAUGAUCAGUACCACCUUGGUUCAAUGCUAUCCAGAUGUGCCUACUCAU